GUCGGAUCCACUCCUCUUUCUUCGUCAGUCAACCUCAUGGCGGACAGGGCAGAGAUCGAACUGGCCGACCGGGCAGAGUCUGUGGUCGAGAUACCCCAGACGUCCCCAAAGCCCGAAGAUACACGCCAGGAGAAUGACACGAAUGACACAAAUGACACGGUCGGAGAUGUUUAUUCCCAAUGGUAAGACGCACCCCACACAUGCGACCCUGCUGACAGCGAAGGCACUAUGUCUCCAUCGUGGCCGCCGCCUUCGUGGUCAUGAUCACCACCUGCGCGUUUGUCUUCUCCUUCGGGGUCUACCAGUCGCUCUACGAAGAGAUGGCCAGCGAACAGGGCACCCCGUUUACGGGGAGUAGCACCGCACUCAUCGACCUGAUCGGCACGCUGGCCAUCGCCCUCAUGUCCAUGGCGGGCCCAUUUGCCAUGUCCUGGGCGAAGCUCUUCUCCCCACAAGCCGUCAUCAUCGCCGGUGGCUGGGUGUUCGGGAUUGCGUACAUCCUGGCCAGUUUCAGCAAGGCCCUGUGGCACUUCGCCCUGACGCAGGGUCUCCUACUCGGCAUCGGGUGCUGCAUGGCCUACGUGCCGACGAUGGCGGUCGCGCCGACCUGGUUCAGCAAGCGCCGCGGACUCGCCAUGGGGCUCAUCAUCUCUGGCACAGGAGUCGGGGGAAUGAUCUGGCCACCCGCCCUGCGAGCGAUGAUCUCGCAUGUGGGAUUCCGCAACACGCUGCGCAUCUCAGGCUGCAUCUCACUCACCGCCACAACCGCUGCGGGCGCCAUCCUCCGCUGGGAGCCCAAGUUCCACGAACAGGUCAAGCUGCAAACAGCCGGGUCGUCGCGGAACCAACCAAAAUGGACGCGUCUUUUCUCCGUCCCGCUGGUCAACUGGCGCGUCGCCCGCUCCCGACGGUUCACUGCACAGGCGCUGGGCUGUUUCCUGCAGUCGGCGGGAUACUCGACGCCGCUGCUGUUCUAUGCCACCUACGCCCAAGCCUUGGGGUACAGCGUGACGACCGCCGCCAACUUCAUCACGCUCAGCAACGCGUCCAACUUCGUCUCACGCAUCAUCAUCGGCUACGCGGCUGACCGGCUCGGUCGCGUCAACGCCCUCGCCGUGACGACAAUGUUCAGCGCUGUCGCCGUCUUCGCCUUCUGGCUGCCGUCCUCGCUGGCUCCGAGUGCCGCCGCGCAUGGGCUCUUCAUCGUGUUUACUAUCCUGUAUGGCGCGUUCGCGAGCGCGUACAUCUCCCUCUUUCCCGCGACGCUGGUGGAGUUGUUCGGCGUGCAGCAUUUUACCAGUGUCAAUGGCGCGCUGUAUCUGGUGCGUGGAAUCGGCGCGCUGCUGGGCGCGCCGCUGACAGGGCUGUUGAUCCCAGGGAGGACGGCGCUGACGGAUUCGCGGACGUACGAGCGCGCAGCGAUCACGGUGGGGGUUUUGUUGUUUGCGGCGACGGUGGCGUGUUUCUGGGUGAGGAUGGAGGUGCGGGGGAAGUGGAAGGUGUGAGCUGCUGCUGCUGCUGCUGGCCAGCUAGUGCAGCUGGGCUGGGAUGGUGGCCGAGGACCUGCAUGGUCGAAAUCAAAAAAAAAAA